CGGAGCUUCCCCCUCUGUAUCUGUCCAGAAUUUUAGCAGUCGCGCGUGGAAAGAAAUCUACAGGAUCGUACUUCACGUUUUCGCGAAUGUGCAGCUAUACAAAAAUCGAGCUCUAUGUUUUAAUGUCUCUCGAUAAUAUUUUUAUUUUAGUUUUAGCCGAAAACGGAAUGCCGUCGUCUUGCGUGUAACUGUCACCAGCAUGGACGUGGCUCCUGGAUAAAAGAAAGAAAGCAAAAGUCAUGUCUGUGGCUACUCUUUUAUGUCUGCUGGUUGGGACAUUGUUGUCCCAGCAAGUCAUCUCGGACUUCUCUGUCCACACGACCCGGACAGGUAUGGAAGUAGACGGAGGGUACGUGAAUGCCUCACUGGCCGUUGUGUCUCGGAUAAACAACGAAGACGAGUGCGAUCAUGUGAUGAAUGUCAGCGCUGCGGACCGCUGCGCAUUCGUCAAGAACACGCCAGACUGCAGCUUGGAAGAUGGCUUCAUCAACUAUCUUCAAGUGGCCUUCUGUCUGCUUCCCCCUGACCUCACACCUCUCACAGUCAUUCUCUGUAUUACAUGGUUGUUCUUUUUGUUCAUCAUACUUGGCCUCAUCGCAUCUAAAUUUUUUUGUCCCAACCUGUCAGCCAUCUCCACAAGUCUGCACCUCACUCACAACGUCGCUGGUGUGACCUUCCUGGCACUUGGUAAUGGAGCUCCAGACAUCUUCAGUGCCAUCGCGGCAUUCUCCCGCCCUCACACCGCUGGGCUGGCGGUCGGAGCGUUAUUUGGCGCCGGUGUAUUUGUCACCACGAUUGUUGCCGGCAGCGUGGCGCUGGUCAAACCUUUCGCCGUACCCUCACGUCCUUUCUUGCGUGACGUCAUCUUCUACAUGGUGGCAGUCUUCUGGACUUACCUCAUCCUCUACAGAGGAACUACCACGCUGGCAGAAACACUGGGCUACUUGGGCCUCUAUGUGGCGUAUGUAUUGACAGUAGUCAUCAGUGCCUACAUCUAUAGCAGACAAAAGCAUUUGCGCGGCGCGACGGUCGAGACUGGUCCACAUAUUCAAGCGGGGCUCGAAUCGUCGGACUUGUAUGAUAAUGACGUUCCCUGUCUGCUCGCUGAGACAGACCAACAAGAAUAUGAGUCGGAGUACAGGCCUCUCCUGCAAUACCCCGAGUCCACCAGCCGGAUCUUGCUGAGCUCUCUCAACCCGGUGGACAGCAGGAAGUGGAGGAGGAAAAAAUGGAAGUGGAGAGUCCUCAAAGUUUUGAAGACCCCUGUGGAGGUCAUGCUGCUGCUGUGCAUCCCCGUCGUAGAUCUUGAUAAAGAAGACAGGAACUGGAGACGACCUCUCAACUGUCUUCAUCUGGUCACUGCCCCGCUCAUGUGUGUCCUCGCUUUCCAGUCUGGAAUUUUUGGAGAUUACAUGAUUGAGGGCCAGUUUCCUCUGUGGCUGCUGACUCUUCUCCUGGGGCUCUUUCUAUGUGCUAUCGUGUUCUGCAGCACCACUAACGAAUGCCCCCCAAGAUAUCACCCGAUCUUUGCACUUUUGGGCUUCGUGGUGAGCGCAGUGUUGAUCAGCGCGGCGGCGUCCGAAGUGGUCAGUAUUCUGCACAUGCUUGGCGUGGUGCUCAGUCUCAGUAACACUGUGCUGGGCUUGACUCUUCUGGCCUGGGGCAACAGCAUUGGAGACUGUUUCUCAGACAUCACCCUCGCACGACAGGGUUACCCCAGAAUGGCCAUAUCUGCCUGCUUCGGGGGCAUCAUUUUCAACAUGUUGUUUGGAGUGGGUUUGGGCUGUCUGGUGCAGAGGAUCAAAACGCACUCUGAAGUGCAGCUGGAACCAGAGGGACUGCUGACAUGGAUCUUGGCAGCGUCUCUGGGCUUGUCUUUGGUUCUGUCUUUUGUCAUCGUUCCAAUGAGCCGCUUCCACUUGGGUUGGCCCUACGGCAUUUUCCUGCUCAUCUUCUACGCCGUUUUCCUCAUCGUUGCUUUACUCACAGAGUUUGGCAUCAUCUACGUAGCAUAGACUGUCGAGGGCAGCCUUGCAUGAGGGAUGGGGAAUUGAUAUACUGGAACCACUUGAGCACUCUUUUUAUAGCCUACUUGACUGCUACUUUUACAUUACCUUGAUCGCUGUAUUGAAGUCAUGGAGCCAUGCAGAUUUUACUCCAGAAGGCCAUAGCAUCAAUUUGCCAACAUUUUUAAUAUUCUUUUUUUUUUAAAUCUUGUGUCUGACACCACUAUGACAAUGUGGGUUUUCAAAAAGACAACACGGGUAAAAUCAAUUCAGCAUUUCAUUUCAUCAUGUUCUCCAAAAUCUGCUCUUUUUAACUCUAUACAAUAACUGAAUGUACUGUACAUGACAAUCAAGUUGAUUUGGAGGUUAUUACAUAUGGGAACUACAUUGUGCCUUUCAUAUAUUGUGAUACCAUUUUUGUCACUUUUUAUUUCAACUCUGCAAAUACACUGCCACCAGCUCAAAAAUGA